CCGCCAUCGUCGUCCAUCCGUUUCCAUCCGUCUCCAUCCGCCGCCAUCCUCCGCCAUCCGCCGCCCCCGAGCCCAUCCGAGGCCAGGCCGAGAUGCCGGAGACCGUGUCCCCCCGGGGCGGCCCGGCCGGGGCCAAAGGGGCCUACCAGGACCGCGAUAAACCCGCCCAGAUCCGCUUCAGCAACAUCUCGGCCGCCAAAGCGGUUGCUGAUGCUAUUAGAACAAGCCUCGGACCAAAAGGAAUGGAUAAAAUGAUUCAAGAUGGAAAAGGAGAUGUGACCAUUACUAAUGAUGGAGCCACUAUUCUAAAACAAAUGCAAGUUUUGCACCCAGCAGCCAGAAUGCUGGUGGAGCUGUCCAAAGCCCAAGAUAUUGAAGCGGGUGAUGGCACUACAUCUGUUGUAAUUAUUGCUGGGUCUCUGCUGGACUCCUGUACCAAACUUCUUCAAAAGGGGAUACACCCAACCAUCAUUUCAGAGUCAUUCCAGAAGGCUGUGGAUAAGGGUGUUGAAAUCUUAACUAAAAUGGCCCAACCUGUGGAACUGAGUGAUAGAGAGACUUUGUUGAACAGUGCGACCACUUCCCUGAACUCAAAGGUUGUAUCUCAGUACUCAAGCCUGCUUUCUCCAAUGAGCGUAGAUGCAGUGAUGAAGGUGAUCGACCCAACCACCGCCACGAGUGUAGAUCUUCGAGACAUUAAGAUAGUUAAAAAGCUGGGAGGUACUAUUGAUGAUUGCGAAUUGGUAGAAGGCUUGGUCCUCACGCAGAAGGUGGCAAAUACUGGUGUGACCAGAGUCGAAAAAGCCAAGAUUGGCCUUAUUCAGUUUUGCUUGUCUGCUCCCAAAACAGAUAUGGAAAACCAAAUUGUUGUUUCUGACUAUGCUCAGAUGGACAGAGUUUUGCGUGAAGAGAGAGCCUACAUCCUAAACCUGGUGAAGCAAAUUAAGAAAACUGGAUGUAACGUGCUUCUAAUACAGAAGUCUAUUCUCAGAGAUGCUCUUAGUGAUCUGGCUUUGCAUUUUCUGAACAAAAUGAAGAUAAUGGUGGUCAAAGAUAUUGAAAGAGAAGACAUUGAAUUUACUUGUAAGACCAUUGGAACCAAACCAGUUGCUCACAUUGACCAGUUCACUGCUGAAAUGCUGGGCUCUGCAGAGGUAGCAGAGGAAGUCAAUUUAAAUGGCUCAGGCAAGCUGCUUAAGAUUACAGGCUGUGCAAGUCCUGGGAAAACAGUUACAAUUGUGGUUCGUGGCUCUAACAAAUUGGUGAUUGAAGAAGCUGAGCGUUCGAUUCACGACGCUCUGUGUGUCAUUCGCUGUCUAGUGAAAAAGAGAGCUCUGAUUGCAGGAGGCGGUGCUCCAGAGAUAGAGCUGGCCUUGCGUUUAACCGAAUACUCCCGCGCUUUGAGUGGCAUGGAGUCCUACUGUGUACGUGCUUUUGCAGAUGCCAUGGAAGUCAUUCCCUCUACGCUGGCUGAAAAUGCGGGCCUUAAUCCCAUUUCCACUGUCACAGAACUACGAAACAGACAUGCGCAAGGAGAGAAAACCGCCGGCAUCAACGUUCGAAAGGGUGGAAUUUCCAACAUUUUGGAGGAGUUGGUGGUCCAGCCCUUGUUGGUGUCGGUCAGUGCUCUGACCUUGGCUACCGAAACGGUCCGCAGUAUCCUCAAGAUCGACGAUGUGGUGAACACUCGAUAAACUAGCCAGUGAUACGGAGGUGAUUUAAAGAAUAUACAGCUAUAGUGGCAGUGUCGCUGUGGUGUUUUUUGUCAUUGUUCUGAAGACUCUGUUUCUUUGCCGAAUCCCUGUGCUGGGCUUCCAGUUGGCACCCACUUGAAAACUGUCAACACAAAUAAAAAUUUUUUGUUUCGAAAAGCA